UUUCAGUGACGAGUUCAGGUGCGGCAGUUGCUCACUUCAAGAAUCGCUCGUCGCGCUCAUUUAACGGUCAAAGGCGUCUACGUGCCAAGCUGGACAGCAAUAAUUAUAAUCCAGACACCAGACAUAGAUCACGCUCAAUGAGGCAUUCGCCAUAGCCAAGCUUCAAUUUUUGCCACGCUAGUUUUUGAUGAUGAUAAUUUGUCUGAUUCAGUGCGUCGCUGAUUAGUCACUGAUUCGAAGUACAAACACAAAUUAGAUUUAAUCACGUAUGCUCAAAGUGUGAAUGUGUUCGAUAGUGCGCUUGUAUUGCGGUAAACGAUAAAGUGUGUGUGAGAUUUGCCACUGUUAUACGAGCAAUAGAAGUCACGACGCGCUCCCAUUUCGCAUUGUGUCAUGAAAUUGCUGCUGAAAGUACAUUCCGAGCGAACCGCUCGCAAUCGCCGCACCCCCGAGCGCAUCUACACAGCGGCGUCAGCAGUGCCAAGAAUCAACAACAAUAGCACCAGCAAUAACGGCAGCAACAACAACGACAACAACAGCAGCAGCAGCAGCGAGAGCUUCAAUAGCAGCAAUAAUCGCAGUCGUGGCAGCUCCAGAUCGAAGCGUCUGACACGCAACACGUUGCUGUUGGCUCUGCUCGUUGUGUUGGUCCUGAUAACGGCCAUUGUUAUUGUGUAUGUGGAACUGAGCCGGACGAGAGCAGCUCACGAAUUGGUGCCCAAAUCCAUUUACUUUGGCAAUACCUAUGAGGAUGGCACGUUUCCGAAUCUAGGAAAUGGUCAUCUCGUCAUCGACCGUGUGCAGUGGGGCGCCUCCGAAGGAGAUCGACACUUGACUGUGCCGCUGCCCAGUCCCAUACCAUAUGUGCUAAUUACGCAUAUCGGAGUGCAGUCACAGCCCUGCUUAAAUCUAUACAAGUGCUCCAUCAAAAUGCGGACAAUACAGGACUCGGCGAAAGCGGAGAAGAAACUACCGGAUAUACAGUCGAAUUUCUACGUUUCCAAUGAGGGCAACAUCUAUGUGGGUCGAGGCUGGGACUGGGCCAACACGUAUGCCAAUCACACACUGGCUAUUACCUUUAUGGGUGACUAUGCCCGCUACACGCCCACCCCCAAGCAGCUGGAGGGAGUUCAGUUCCUCCUGGCCCAUGGGGUGGCCAAUCGCAAGCUGCAUGUGGACUACAAGCUGAUUGCCCAUAAUCAGACCAAAACGACAAAGAGCCCCGGCAUCAAUGUCUAUCGGGAGAUUAGCAAAUGGCCGCACUUUUAUGGCUGCAACAUGCUGCAGGCGCCCAAAUGUGGCAGCGAGCUGGGCAUGACAGCUGCCUCCUGGAUUUCUGGCCAAUAACUUCAGACUGUCCGACAACUUUUUAGCUUUAAAAACAACAACACACACACACACAAACAUAUACAUAUACAUAUACACUUUUGCAUCUUUUUACAAAAGUAUUAAAUACAUUUAACGUAAGUCUGCGCC